AUGGCAACCUCAUCAAAACCAAAAGGGAAGACUUUGUCAUCACAAGCAUCAAGUGCUGCUCGUCCACAACAGGCUGUGAAAUUUGCACGCCGGACAUCUAGUGGACGCAUUGAUAGCUUUUCACAAGAUGACGAUAUGGACUUGUCAGGUGAAUAUUCAGGACAGAGUGACUAUAUCAAUUACACUGUUGUCAUGCCCCCUACCCCUGAUAACCAGCCUGCACACCCGUCCUCAGAGAAUAAAUCUGAUGGGACGAAGAGCCGCCUUGGUUCUGAGGCACAGCAUCGCAAUGGCGGUGUACAAAUGGAACGAGGAAUGUCAAUAAUGAAAUCAAUUAAUAAAUCAAUGUUGUUGAGGAGUCAAACUGGAGAUUUUGAUCACAACAGGUGGUUGUUUGAGACAAAAGGAACUUAUGGUGUUGGAAAUGCAUAUUGGUCAGAAGGAGACAAUUAUGGUCAGGAUACGGAGCUGAGUAUGUCCGAUUUUUUGGACAAGCCUUGGAAGCCACUCACUAGGAAGAUUAAGGUUCCUGCAGCUAUUCUCAGCCCUUACAGGAUACUUAUAGUGAUCCGUUUGAUAGUUCUGUUUUUCUUCCUAAAGUGGAGAGUUCAGAACCCCAAUCCUGAUGCAACGUGGCUGUGGGGGAUGUCUAUUGUUUGUGAGAUUUGGUUUGCAAUCUCAUGGAUACUAGACAUUUUCCCUAAGUUUAACCCCAUCAACCGAUCCACUGACCUUGCUGCUCUGCGUGACAAGUUUGAGAAGCCCUCCCCUGCAAAUCCUCAUGGCCGGUCAGACCUCCCAGGAGUUGAUAUUUUUGUCUCCACGGCCGAUCCUGAGAAGGAACCUCCCCUUGUCACAUCCAACACAAUUUUAUCGAUUCUUGCAGCUGACUACCCCGUUGAGAAACUCUCCUGCUACAUUUCUGAUGAUGGUGGUGCCAUACUCACCUUCGAGGCUAUGGCUGAAGCUGUUCGAUUUGCUGAGGUUUGGGUACCGUUUUGUCGAAAACACGACAUUGAGCUGAGGAAUCCGGAUAGUUACUUCAACCUAAAAACUGACCCCACCAAAAACAAGAAACGGCCUGAUUUUGUCAAGGACCGCCGUUGGAUGAAGAGAGAGUAUGAUGAGUUCAAGGUCAGGAUCAAUGGUCUGCCUGAAGCAAUACGAAGGAGAAGCAAAUCAUUAAACUCUAAGGAGAUGAAGAAGGCUAAAAGUCUAGCCGGGGAAAAGAAUGGUGGUUCGUUGCCACCAGAGGGGGUCGAUGUCCCCAAAGCUACAUGGAUGGCUGAUGGUACCCCUUGGCCUGGCACAUGGCUGAAUCCAACAGAUGAUCACAAAAAGGGGGACCAUGCUGGAAUCUUGCAGGUAAUGAGUAAGGUCCCAGCAAAUGAUCUAGUGAUGGGCCACCCAGAUGAGAAAAAAUUAGAUUUCACUGGAGUUGACGUUAGGAUACCAAUGUUUGCAUAUGUAUCACGUGAAAAGAGGCCUGGCUUUGACCACAACAAGAAGGCUGGAGCCAUGAACGCGUUGGUUAGAGCUUCAGCUAUAUUGUCCAAUGGACCAUUCAUACUCAAUCUGGACUGUGAUCAUUACUUCUAUAAUUGUCAAGCUAUAAGGGAGGGAAUGUGCUUUAUGAUGGACCGUGGUGGUGACCGCAUAUGCUACAUCCAGUUUCCACAAAGAUUUGAAGGGAUCGACCCGUCUGAUCGAUAUGCAAAUCACAACACUGUCUUCUUUGAUGGAAGUAUGCGAGCACUGGAUGGUCUUCAAGGUCCUGUGUAUGUAGGAACAGGGUGCAUGUUUCGUAGACAUGCACUAUAUGGGUUCCUUCCACCAAGGGCAAACGAGUACUUGGGCAUGUUCGGCAGUACGAAAAAAAGGGCUCCAGGUUUUAAGGUUCAAUUAGAAGACGAGUCUGAGACUCAGUCCCUCACAUCACACCCCGACUUGAACCUGCCCAGGAAGUUUGGUAAUUCAGCCAUGUUCAACGAGUCUAUAGCUGUUGCUGAAUACCAAGGACGGCCACUUGCUGAUCACAAAUCGGUAAAGAAUGGCAGGCCUCCUGGUGCACUUCUCCUGCCACGUCCACCUCUAGAUGCACCCACGGUUGCAGAGGCAAUUGCUGUCAUCUCUUGCUGGUAUGAGGACAAGACUGAAUGGGGGGACAAGAUAGGUUGGAUCUAUGGCUCAGUCACAGAAGAUGUGGUGACUGGUUAUCGGAUGCACAACCGUGGGUGGCGUUCUGUGUACUGUGUAACAAAGAGAGAUGCCUUCCGUGGCACAGCACCAAUCAACCUCACUGACCGCCUUCACCAGGUGCUACGAUGGGCUACUGGUUCGGUCGAAAUAUUUUUCUCUAAAAACAAUGCCUUCCUAGGAAGCCGGCGACUGAAGUUCUUACAGCGAAUCGCUUACCUCAAUGUUGGCAUUUACCCCUUCACCUCGUUCUUCUUAGUCACUUACUGCUUCCUCCCUGCACUUUCCCUUUUCACAGGAACCUUCAUUGUUCAAAGCCUUGAUAUAGCUUUCCUUUGUUACCUCUUAACCAUCACUGUAUCACUAACUCUCAUCUCCCUUCUUGAAAUAAAAUGGUCCGGUAUUGGGCUCGAGGAAUUGUGGCGUAAUGAGCAGUUUUGGCUCAUUGGUGGCACUAGCGCUCACCUAGCUGCUGUGCUCCAAGGCCUUCUAAAAGUCACUGCUGGCAUUGAGAUUUCUUUCACGUUAACCUCCAAGUCUGCAGGUGAAGAUGAAGACGAUGUUUUUGCUGAUCUUUACGAGGUCAAAUGGACAAGUCUCUUCUUAGUGCCACUCACCAUCCUAGUAGUCAACAUUGUUGCCAUAGUUAUUGGAUGCUCGAGGACAUUAUACAGUGUGAUACCAGAAUGGGGUAAGUUGAUGGGAGGACUCUUUUUCAGCUUCUGGGUGCUGUCUCACAUGUAUCCAUUUGUGAAAGGUCUGUUGGGAAGGAGAGGAAGAGUGCCAACAAUUGUAUAUGUCUGGUCAGGGCUGGUUGCAAUUACUGUGUCCUUGCUUUGGAUAUCAAUCAGUAGUGAGAAUCGUGGAAACCUUCAAGUGUAA